AUUACAACCGAGGGGAGGAGGAGGAGGGCGCAGGCGCGGUGGCAGGGGGUGCCCGGCAUGGCGGCGGGCGCCAUGUUGAAGCACCGGCGGACGGCGCUGGAGCGUGUGGAGAAAUUCGUGUCCGCCGUGUACUUCACCGACUGCAACCUGCGGGGCAGGCUGCUCGGCGCCCGCUGCCCGCCCACGGCGCUCUCCUGCUUCCAGAGCCCGCUGCGCCUCCCCUACAGCCGGGCCGUGGGGCAGCGCUUCCAGCCCGCCGCCCUCGGGGACUCCUUCGGGCCUCCGUGGGAGACCUGCUGGUUCAAGGUGGAGCUGAGCAUCCCCCCGGAAUGGGCAGGGCGAGAGGUGCACUUCGUCUGGGAGAGCGAUGGGGAAGGCAUGGUGUGGCGGGACGGCCAGCCCGUGCAGGGGCUGACGAAGGAAGGUGAGAAGACCAGCUACAUCCUGACAAGCUGCCUGAAGGAGUCGGAGCCCCACAGCGUGACGCUGUACGUGGAGCUGGCCUGCAAUGGGCUCUUCGGGGCUGGCAAGGGCACCAUGAUCGCGCCUCCGGACCCUGACAGAAGGUUCACCGUGAGCAACGCUGAGCUCGUCGUCUUCAACAGGGAUGUCUACGAGCUGCUGGUGGAUCUGGAGAUACUGCUGGACAUGGCCCAGCUCCUCGGGGAGGAAAACCAGCGGAGCUUCCAGGCGCUGUACGCUGCCAACCAGAUGGUGAACGUGUGCGACGUUACUGACCCGGCCACCUUCCCUGCUGCCCGCAGCCUGGCGGCAGCCAUCUUCAACCAGAAGAACGGCGAGAGCCAACACACCAUCCACGCCAUGGGGCACUGCCACAUCGACUCCGCCUGGCUGUGGCCGUACGAGGAGACCAUCCGCAAGUGUGCUCGGAGCUGGGUCACGGUUAUCCGCCUGAUGGAGAGCAACCCCGAGUUCACCUUCGUCUGCUCCCAGGCGCAGCAGUUCGAGUGGGUGCGGAGCUGGUACCCGGGGCUCUACGCCCAGAUUCAGGACUACGUGGCAAAGGGACGGUUCAUUCCUGUCGGCGGCACCUGGGUGGAAAUGGACGGGAACCUGCCCGGCGGGGAGGCCAUGGUGCGGCAGUUCCUCCAGGGCCAGCGGUUCUUCCAGGAGCAGUUUGGCCGGAUCUGCUCGGAGUUCUGGCUCCCGGACACGUUUGGGUACUCGGCCCAGCUGCCCCAGCUGAUGCGUGGCUGUGGGAUCGGGCGGUUCCUCACACAGAAGCUCAGCUGGAACCUGGUGAACGCCUUCCCGCAUCACACCUUUUUCUGGGAAGGCAUUGAUGGUUCCCGAGUGCUGACCCAUUUCCCCCCUGGUGACUCCUAUGGGAUGCUUGGGCGAGUGGAGGAGAUGCUGAAAACAGUGAAGAACAACAAGGAUAAAGGACGUGUGAACCACAGCGCUGUGCUCUUUGGCUUCGGAGAUGGAGGAGGGGGCCCCACGCAGAAGAUGCUGGACAGGAUGAAGAGGAUGCGUGACACAGACGGGCUGCCGAGGGUCCAGAUGUCCACUCCUGACCGGCUUUUCUCUGUCCUGGAGAAGGAGUCGUCGCAGCUGUGCACGUGGGUGGGCGAACUCUUCCUCGAGCUGCACAACGGCACGUACACCACCCAGGCCCAGAUAAAGAAGGGGAAUCGGGAGUGCGAGCAAAUCCUCCACGACGUGGAAGUUCUCAGCGCCUUGGCUCUGGCACGGGACAGCUCCUUCCAGUACCCUGUCAGCCAGCUGCAGCGGCUCUGGAGGUUGCUGCUGCUCAACCAGUUCCAUGACGUGCUGCCAGGCAGCUGUAUCCAGCUCGUGGUUGAGGAUGCCCUGCAAUACUACGCAGAGAUCCGCAGGGCUGGUGCUCAGCUGCAGGAGGAAGCUGUGCAGUCCUUAUGCGGGGACCUGCUGCAGCCCGAGUCCGGGCACACUGAGGGCACCCUCGUGCUGAACACUUUGCCCUGGGAACGGACCGAGGUGAUCUCCAGGACUGGGCCAACCGGAGCAGACGUUUUAGCUCUGGUGACAGCCCCCAGCAUGGGCUACAUGAUAGCGAGGGAGCCGUUGCCACCCCUGCAGCCCGUGACGGUGACGGAGCAGGAGGAUGGCUCUGUCACCAUGGAGAAUGGGGUGAUUGCGGUCCGCCUGGAUGCGAUGGGCCGCCUGAUUUCUCUUCGUCUGGCAGACUCUGAGAGGGAGGCAGUUGCAGAUGGCUGCUGUGCCAACCAGUUUGCUCUCUUUGAUGACAUUCCCCUGUACUGGGAUGCCUGGGACGUGAUGGAUUACCACCUGGAAACCAGGAAGCCAGUGACAACGGUGCUGAAGCCUCUGGAAAUCACCCUGGCAGGGGACCUGCGGGCAAGUGCAAGGUUCUCUCUGCGGGUCGGGAAAAGCAGCACCUUAACCCAGGAGAUCAUCCUGGAUGCCGCGUGCCCGUAUGUCCGCUUUGUGACCGAGGUCGACUGGAAGGAAUCCCACAAGUUCCUGAAGGUGGAGUUCCCCAUGCAGGUCCGGAGCACGAAUGCCACCUACGAGAUCCAGUUUGGGCAUGUGCAGCGGCCAACGCACUGGAACACAUCGUGGGACUGGGCCCGAUUCGAGGUGUGGGCUCACAAGUGGAUGGACCUCUCCGAGCACGGCUUUGGGGUGGCAGUGCUGAAUGACAGCAAGUACGGGGCGUCAGCACGUGGGAACGUCCUCAGCCUCUCGCUGCUGAGAGCACCCAAGUCCCCUGACGCCACGGCUGAUAUCACACAGCACCGGUUCACGUACGCCGUGCUGCCUCACCAGGGUUCCUUCCAGGAUGCGGGUGUGAUCCAGUGCGCUUACAACCUGAAUUUCCCCCUCCACGCGGUCCCAGCCGGCCAUGCCCAGUGCCCAGCCUGGAGUGCCUUUUCCGUGAGCUCACCUGCCGUUGUUCUGGAGACUGUCAAGCAGGCUGAGGACAGGCCUGACGCGCUGGUGCUGCGGCUGUACGAGGCGCACGGCAGCACGGCUGUCACCUGGCUGCAGAGCUCCCUCCCCGUUCAGGAGGCAGUGCUCUGUGACCUCCUGGAGCGGCCGCUUGCCAAGAAGCACCUGGUGCUGGAGCAGCAGGGCAUGAGGCUUUCCUUCACCCCCUUCCAGGUGCUCUCCGUCCUCCUGGUUCUGAGGCAGUGAGGUCCUCAGUCCCAUUUCUUUUGGGUGCCACAGCAACCUGGGCCAAUGCUGGGAGCUCAACUCACAGCCCAAGGCUGCUGGGAGCCCUCUCCCUGGGUUGGGGACAAACAAGGACCGGGCCUUUUUACUGCCCCCAGUCCCGUGAGAUUUCCCAAGAGCAGUUCCAGGGAAGAGCAGUCUUCCCCCCCCCUUGCCACCCCCACAAAGCUCAGGAAAAGAGCUCCAUUUCCUCAUGGAAGGAGCAGUAAAUCUGUCCCCUGCCUAACCAGGGGGUUUGGGGAGCAGCAGCUUUCUGUGCUGGCUGUGUGUCGCAGCCAUUGUCCUUUCCAGACCAAAGCAGCACCCAGCUGCAAGGCGGGAGCAAGUGUAAAAACACUAUAGUUGUUCUUCUCCACAAAUAAAAGGAUUAUGUAAAAAUA